AUGGCUGGAGGCUUAGAGAAGGCAUGUCACCGCUGCAUCUCAAAAAUCGCCAGCAAUGCAUCCUAUAUUUUUGGACUUCUUGCUUUCUUAGCAUUACCACUGUCUAUGGCUUUUACAGGCAUGAAGUUCUUAGAUGACUGUCCAGUGCAACCACUAAUUCCCUUAUAUCUUCUUGUGGGUGGUGUGGUUGGCAGUUUGAAGGUAGCUCUUCUGCUCUUUAACUCCACUAGGAUGAGACAACUGCUUUCCAAAUCAGUCAUGAUUGAUGAUGAUGACGCCGACGAAUAUCCAUGGAGGCAGAAUGCGCACAAAUAUUACAUUCAUCUUAUACUCAGCCUCUUCCUCUUCCUCUGGUUCAUACUGGGGAACUACUGGGUAUUUUCGGUCUACCUGCCUAAUUUCAUCCCACCUUUCCACCACCCCCAGGAUUAUUGUGAUAAAAUCCUAUACAUUUUUGCAGUUGGGGUGCUCAUCAUUAGCCACAUUGUGCUGGUUUUGCUGAUCUUCUGUAGCUGCUGCAUAUAUUGCUGUUCCAAGCAACAAUAUGCUGCAGAAGAGGAUUAA